AUGUUAUUACGAAAUCAACCUACUGCUCCUCUGGAAACAAUUUAUGAGGAGUCAGGAAGUUUUGUUGCAUCAAAUACUGAUUUUGAACAUAAAUUAUAUAAUCAUGCAUCUAAAAAUGAGACUAUUAACUGUCUCAUUAGUUCUCGUUCAACACCUUCAAUUGAUAUUCAACGACAGCGCAUAAACGGCAAUCAAGCAAAACCUCCUAUUGAAGUUCGAUAUCGAGAUGGAUCAAAACGUUUUAUACAUUCAUCAGCGGCAUUCCCCAUGAUAAUCAAUAGAAAACAAUUAUUGGAUUCUUCUCCUGAUAAUUUAUCAUUAAAUAAAAUUUCAAAUUCCAAUUAUCACCAAAUACGAAGUACAAAUUUCCCUAAGAAACAUCUUCAAUCAAAAGCUCCAUUAGUUAUAACAAUUAUUACAGCUGAUGAUUUAAAUCAAGCUGGAAUAACACCAACAAUAUCUUCAUCAUCGGACGAUUCCGAAAUAUUAACAUUAGCUCAUUCACCAUCGAAAUCGUCCAUCAAUACUAAUAAAUCGAUACAAAGUAAUCGUCAAGAUUUCUUAGAAAAAUUAACAAGUCCAUCUGUGCAAAGAGUUCCGAGUACCACUACGCUACGUCUUCACUCUCCGGUUAUUCAUUUUCAGCAGUCGCAAAACAUUGUUAACCAUCGACCCAGUUCAAUUUCAUCGCAAACAUCGUUGCCUACUAUUAAUGAAUCGUUUGGCACAUCGACGCAAGCAUUCUCUAUUCCACGUCAAAAACGGCUCAACUCACCUUUAAAAGUCACUGUGAUUAACGAUGAGAUUAAACAAAAUUCAACUUCGAAUUAUAAUCUUCCAAAUAGCAAUUCUUCUGCUAAACAACUUCCAAAUAAAAUAGUGAAUCCUACAAAUCGACAGCAGACAUUAUUAUUACCAGGAAGUAGAAACGAUAGUGCUUUUCGUCCUUUUACUAGAUUGGCACGUUUUAAUGAUCAAACAAAUCCUAAUCAACCACAGCUAACAACGAAUGCCAUUCGAAGACCUACUAGUUCUCCAGCACUGCCAGCCUCAUCAAAUAGUCAACUUGCUCAACAAAAACAAACAACGCUACCAUCAUUAAAUCUAACAAAAAUAUCACUUCAACAACCUCCAAAAAAAUUUAAUUCACUUGUUGCACAAAAUACUUACGAUCCAAUGUUACUAAAACAAAAAGUAUCCGACACAAAAGCAAAUAAUAAUCCUUUGAUACAAAUAAAUUCUUCAAAUAAUCAAAAACAAUCAUUUCCAAUAUCAGUAGCAACUAUAAAUUAUAAAGAUAAUACUCUGACUUUACCGCGUCUAUUAAAUAUUGCCGAUAAUUCAGGACAGAAUGUUUCAUUAGGCAUCAAACCGAAUACGAAAUGGUCCAAUUUAACACUGAAUUUGGUCAACGAUAUUCCACGUCAAUCAUCAAAAUAUUCUCGCAUUCCUUUACAUAUUAAUUUACCAUUUUCAAAUCCAAGAUACAAUCAAAAUCUAGUGACAAAACAUGAUGUCGCAUUAGAAAAUCGCCUUUUAAAUGCUGGCCUCUCGCCUGAAACAGUUGCUCUUUAUGAAAGAAUACUUAAUUUUGCUGAAGAUCCUCAACUAUCUAAAUUAUCAUCAUCCAUUAUCAUCAAUCCGUACACAAACAAAAACUUUAUCUGA